AUGUUUGUAGACUUGGGAUUUCUGGGCAGUUCAUCUGUCUGUCCGCCCGUCUGUGCGAUAACUCAGGGCAGUUCAUCUGUCUGUCCACCCGUCUGUGCGAUAACUCAGGGCAGUUCAUCUGUCUGUCCGCCCGUCUGUGCGAUAACUCAGGGCAGUUCAUCUGUCUGUCCGCCCGUCUGUGCGAUAACUCAGGGCAGUUCAUCUGUCUGUCCGCCCGUCUGUGCGAUAACUCAGGGCAGUUCAUCUGUCUGUCCGUCCGUCCGUGCGAUAACUCAGGGGAGUUCAUCUGUCUUUCCGCCCGUCUGUGCGAUAACUCAGGGCAGUUCAUCUGUCUGUCCGCCCGUCUGUGCGAUAACUCAGGGCAGUUCAUCUGUCUGUCCGCCCGUCUGUGCGAUAACUCAGGGCAGUUCAUCUGUAUGUCCGCCCGUCUGUGCGAUAACUCAGGGCAGUCCAUCUCUCUGUCCGUCCGUCUGUGCGAUAACUCAGGGCAGUUCAUCUGUCUUUCCGCCCGUCUGUGCGAUAACUCAGGGCAGUUCAUCUGUCUGUCCGCCCGUCUGUGCGAUAACUCAGGGCAGUUCAUCUGUCUUUCCGCCCGUCUGUGCGAUAACUCAGGGCAGUUCAUCUGUCUGUCCGCCCGUCUGUGCGAUAACUCAGGGCAGUCCAUCUCUCUGUCCGUCCGUCUGUGUGAUAACUCAGGGUAGUCCAUCUGUCUUUCCGUCCGUCUGUGCGAUAACUCAGGGCAGUCCAUUUGUUUGUCCGUCCGUCUGUGCGAUAACUCAGGUCAAUUUAUCUGUCUAUCUGGCUGUGGGAUAUAACUUUUGA